GUGAUGGCGUAUUCGAGCGAUAAAUACAGCGUUAUUCUCCCAACGUACAACGAAAGGAAGAAUUUACCCGUUAUUGUUUGGUUAUUAGCAAAAACAUUCAUACAAGCCCAUCUCGACUGGGAGGUAGUUAUUGUAGACGAUAAUAGCCCAGACGGUACACAGGAAAUAGCCAAACAACUGCAAGCCGUUUACGGAAAUGAUAGAAUCUUACUCAAACCACGAGCAGGGAAACUAGGAUUAGGAACUGCUUAUAUCCACGGUCUACGCUUCUGCACCGGCAACUUCGUCGUCAUUAUGGACGCUGACUUCUCACAUCAUCCUAAAUUUAUACCAGAAUUUAUCAAACGUCAACGCGAGAACGAUUAUGAUAUUGUAACAGGUACGCGCUAUUCUACCACUCAAUCAGGCGGCGGUGUAUAUGGCUGGGACCUUACGCGAAAACUUAUAUCCCGAGGAGCUAACUUCCUCGCGCUCACCGUCUUGCAGCCGGGUGUAUCAGAUGUCACAGGUUCAUUCAGACUUUACAAGAAGGAAGUUCUCCAGGAACUCAUAAACGCUUGCCAAUCGAAAGGUUAUGUCUUCCAAAUGGAAAUGAUAGUCAGAGCGAAAGCUUCAAAACUCAAAGUGGGUGAAGUACCAAUCACAUUCGUAGACAGACUCUAUGGUGACUCCAAACUCGGUGGAUCAGAGAUAAUAUCUUAUGCUAAGGGUAUUUGGUCAUUGUUCAGUUCUAUCUAAGGUCUUCGUUGAUAGCGGUGUGUAAUUGUUUUGAAAUAACAGCAGCCCUCUCGGUUGCGUGACCGAGACAAUCCAAUACCGUCUGUGGUGCGAAAGUCGUUCCGCCAUUCUUCGUAAUUGUGAGAACCUCCUUUUGUGGUGUAGUAGUAAUAGUGAACGUCGCGCUACUGAGCUGUGACUCGAGUGCAGUUGGGUCAAGUACUGCAUUAUCAAAAUCGUCGAAGAAGACGUAACUGAAACUGAUUGGAGUGUGGUUGAUGGCCAAUGGGACAGGAACGCGCUCGUCUUCUGAGUGAUACGUCACUUCAUUACCUAUUACCGUUGCAUCAGGCCUUCUGAAAUGCAAUAAAGCCGCUGCAGCUGCGAUAACACCUGCAUCGAUCAAAUUACCAUCAUCUGAUAUGUAAUGUAGCGUCAAAUUCAAUGACCAAACUUUCUCUCCUCCGAUUAUACACAAUGCUUCUCUGUCGACCAUCCCGGACCUUCUUAUUGCCUUGUCUAGCUGCCUAUUCAGCGUAGCUUCUUCUUCGGCUGUGUUACCUCUCAUCCCUGGUUCAUAGAAUGGUGUAGUCAUUGCUGAUAAUUCGCUCGAUAUGUUAAGUUGGCCUUCAUAUGGUCUUUCUGGUGUUGGCUGGGUGACGGUGCAGCUGACUGAUGACAUUACAGAACACUCUCCAAGUUUGAUAGUAACAGAACCCAGUGGCUUGCCAAACUGAAUUUCAAUAGGACGACCUUCAAGGAGAGAUCUACCGUCUAAUCUUUUAUUCUCUUUUAAAGCAUUAACUAUAAAUUCCUUAUUAUUCAAGUUUACAUCCAAUUUAC